UCUGCAUGUGCACGCUGGACAGCACUGCCCCCUGAUGGUUGGGGUUAGGCAUGAGACUCUGUUGUUGUCAACACACACACACACAUCACAGAGACAGAGCAGGAUCAGGGGGAGGACAUGAAGCACAUGGAAACAUCUAAUGUGGUUAACAGUCACUGACCUUCGCUGACAUGGAUUUAUUCAAACAACAGAAAGUGGAGGAUUUCUAUGAAAUCGGCGAAGAGUUGGGAAGUGGUCAGUUUGCUAUUGUAAAGCAAUGCACAGAGAAGAGCACAGGACUGCAGUUUGCCGCCAAGUUCAUCAAGAAGCGCCAGAGCAUGGCCAGCUCUCGAGGAGUGCGGCGGGAGGAAAUUGAGCGGGAGGUGAACAUCCUGCAGCAGAUUCAACACGCCAACAUCGUCACGCUUCACGAUGUCUACGAGAAUCGCACUGAUGUGGUUCUGAUCCUGGAACUGGUUUCUGGUGGUGAGCUGUUUGACUUCCUGGCACAAAAGGAGUCACUGAGCGAGGAAGAGGCCACACAGUUCAUCAAGCAGAUCCUCGAGGGCGUCAACUACCUUCACGCAAGAAAAAUAGCCCACUUUGACCUUAAGCCUGAGAACAUUAUGCUCCUGGAAAAGAACGUCCCACUGCCCAGAAUCAAACUCAUUGACUUCGGUCUGGCUCACAAGAUUGAAGCUGGGGUUGAGUUCAAAAACAUCUUCGGCACACCUGAGUUUGUAGCUCCAGAGAUUGUCAACUACGAGCCACUGGGACUCGAAGCAGACAUGUGGAGCAUCGGGGUCAUCACCUACAUCCUGCUGAGCGGUGCCUCACCUUUCCUGGGGGAGACCAAACAGGACACACUGGCAAACAUUUCAGCCGUAAAUUAUGAGUUUGAUGAAGAGUUUUUUUGUCACACCAGUGCGCUGGCCAAGAAGUUCAUCAGCCAGCUGCUGGAGAAAGAUAUAAGGAAAAGAUUGACGAUUCAAGAUGCUCUGAAUCAUCCGUGGAUCAAGUCCAAUGAGCACAAGGAGGAAAAUAAAACCCUGGAGCCAAAGAAACGGGAGCGGCGCCAGCUGAAGACCAAGCGCCUGCGAGAGUACACCAUCAAGUCCCACUCCAGCAUGCCCCCGAACAACACUUAUGUAAACUUUGAGCGCUUUGCUCAGGUGGUGGAGGACAUUGACCAGAUGGAGAGCUCCUUCACUGACCUGGCAUCAGCACAUGACACCCUGCAGGAAGAUAUCGAUGCCAUGGUCUCCAUAUACAAUGACAAGGAGGCCUGGUACAAGGAGGAGAGCGAAGGCGUGCGCCAUGAGCUCUCGCAAAUCCGCUAUGAGUUCCGCAAGGUUGAGGCCUUGAAGAGGGGCCUGCAGGACGACAUGCAGGUCUUCAGCUGCAGCCUCACUGCCAUCAGCAGCCGUUACAAUGAGAGGCUGAGCCACUUUGACGCACUGCGCCUGGAGCUCAGCAACGAGCUGAAAUGGGUGCAGGAAGUGAUGGCUUCGUUUCCCAUGGACGGAGGCAGUGGCAGGUAUCCCAACUGCAACUUCUCCACUGUCUUCAAUAAUGAUGUGAAUGAAGCGCUGAAAGAGCUGUUGAACCGCUCCUGUGGUGGAGAGCUGCUGUCUGGGAUUAACCUGGACUUUACUGAACCUGGACAGCAACGAUAACUAUGUAGAACUGCACAAAUGAAUUAAAAAUACCUUUUUUUGUA